AUGCCCUCAGACCGUCACUCGACAGACCAAAGAGCCAACAGUGAUCGAAACCAGGCAUCCGAAAUGCCCCGCAACAACGACUGGGAAAAUGACACUAACCCGUUUGUUGCUUUCCGGCGCUUCGCCGAUGAACAAGUUUCGUCCGUGUUACAGUCGAUCACCGGUCUCCCCUCGUCUAUAAACCCCCCGCAAUCAGACAACUGGACGAUAUUCACCGACGACAGAGGCUACAAGAACAUGGCGUUUCGCCACCGCACCGGCACAAAUAACGCGGUUGAGCGCGAAUCCAAUCAAAACGCCGAUAACAGUACCCCAGGAGAUCGAACAGAUCCCUCAAACAAUAACAACGAUCAAAAGACUGCCCGCCCUUGGCAACAAUCCUCAAUACCCCCAGAAGACGCUGGCCGAACUUCUCAACCCCCUUCUCGUAACAGUCGAUAUGACGAACAACGACCCUCCGACUUCUUUGGCCUCGACUCAUUUUUCCAAAACCUCGAACAUCACUUCUUACCUUUCGCGUCAUCUUUCUUUCACCCCCAUCACAAUUUCUUCCUCUCUGACAUGUUCAGUGAUGAUAAUUCCUCAACAUGGCCAUUUAGCUAUAUCAUGCUAAGCCCUUACUCGCCCCUCCACCUUGAACGCCAGGCCCAGUACCGCGCCGUGGGCGAAGGGGGUGUCUUUUCUUCCAUAAUGUCUUCUCUUAAAUUCGACUCGGAGCCUGAAUCAGCUCGCGACCCGACCGAGCCACGAUGGCGCGAAGCUUUUGAGGAUCUAAUCCGAUUGGAAAAUGGGAAGCCUCUGCUGGAUCGCAACUCGACCCCAUUUGCCCAAAUCAGAGAGAAUGGAUCAGAGUGGAUCCAUGGACUUGUUAAAAGAGGGAGUCUGGGUGAACAAUGGAAAUAUGUGUCUGGUACAGAUAACAAUCCCUGGACUGGUAUCAUAUUUACUGGACACAGCCAAGAUGGCCAUGAAGUUCCUGAGACAGAAAAGAGAUCUCUAGAGCAAGCCCCAGCCAUCCGUGAUGAGAAGGAGGCAGAAAGCGAAUUAGAGAUGUAUGAGCGUUUCUUGCAGGACAUUGAAGCGCGUGAGCUCGAGUUCUCCCGGGAGAUCGCGUCUAGUCCUCUACUCCGUGCUUUGCUCGAGGAACGACAGCGCCGACGUGAUGUUUUUGAGAAGUUUGAGAGCGGAUUCUUCUCGGAGGAUGAAUACAGUAAAGAUGAUACGGAGAGUUGGUUGGAUCUCGUCUCGGGUGGUAACCGCAAGUCUGUUCCUGAGACAGAAGAACCAGUUACCUCGACGCCUACUGCUGCGGUUGAGGGUAAGCCCGUUGAGUCUGAAUUUGGAAAUGUGACGGCUCGCGUUAUCUCUACGAUGAUUCGCACAGAGCGUACACGCCUCCCUGAUGGGUCUAUUCAGGUCAAGAAGGUCCAGACAAAACGCUUUGAAGAUGGUCGGGAAGAGACUGAGUCAUCUGAAGAGACAUCACAUUCGUCGCGAAAUGGGGAGGCGCAAUCGGGGGAGAACGAAUCUAAACCCAAGACUGGCUGGUUCUGGAAGGACUGA